UAACCCAUUGUUCUGGAACAUUGUGUGCAUACUGUGUCAUUAAACUUGGCAGGACCAGCGUCUCUAACCAGCCUUUCAGUGUAUAUAAAGAUGCUGCAGGUGCAUGUGAGCGGCAGAGGAUCUGGAGACAGAGGUGAGUUUGGGACAUCAUGGCUUCCACACUGGUACUCCUGCUUCCGAUGCUCCUGGCCUCGCUGGCCUCUGCGUCACAUCACUAUGGGGGAAGCACUACCUACACCUACAAAGGAAGAAACCCUGAUGGGACAUUUAAAGUGGACUUUCGCAACCGGGCAACCUUUGAUGGGUGUCAGUACUCCCAUUACUGGUCUUGUUACAACGGCAACUGUGGCAACAACCCCAGCAAUCAAGUAGGCGUACUUGACAGGAGCACCAAUGCACCCCAAUAUAACAGGGAAUGGUGUGAAACCGAAACAGUCAGUACGAGAAACAUCCCAACUGACAGACCUUUUCAAAUGAGGGCAAACAGCUGUUGUUGGAUCACAACUCGUAAUGGGCUUUCUAGUUGGAGACUACUGACUUCAGUGGAUUUGGGAUCAAGAUCUGACACCGGACAACCCAACCACUCACCUGACAUUGCCAUUCUACCUUUCCUACGAGUUCCCCAGAACUGCCCACGGACAUACAAGCUGAUGUCCUUUGACCCUGAUGGCGACAGAGUUCGAUGCAGAUAUGGAAGUGUCAGCAAUGGAGAGUGCAGCACGUGUAACCAACCCUCAGGCUUUAUCUUAGACGAGGGCUCUUGCUCAUUACACUACCUCAACUCCAACGCCAACCCCAACCCUUAUGGAUUUGAGUUGGUGGUGGAGGACUUCCCGCAAAGGCACAUUACUCUGGCCUACACUGAUGGGGGCGGAGACUCCCGGGCUCCACUGACAGCGAGGAGAAAGCGACAGCUCUCAAUUACAGCAGCAUAUACCACCGUAUCCUCAUGGGGGUCUUGGGGGCAAACUUCAGCCGAAACAACAACCCCACUCCCAUGGUGGAGCUGGUGGUAUACUACAACCCCAGCAACAACUACAGCCCAACCCACAACCCCAUGGGGCUGGUGGUAUACUACAACCCCAGCAACAACUACAGCCCAACCCACAACCCCAUGGGGCUGGUGGUAUACUACAACCCCAGCAACAACUACAGCCCAACCCACAACCCCAUGGGGCUGGUGGUAUACUACAACCCCAGCAACAACUACAGCCCAACCCACAACCCCAUGGUGGAGCUGGUGGUAUACUACAACCCCAGCAACAACUACAGCCCAACCCACAACCCCAUGGGGCUGGUGGUAUACUACAACCCCAGCAACAACUACAGCCCAACCCACAACCCCACGGUGGUAUUCCACAACUGCACCACCUGCAACUACUACAGCCUACACAACGUACCCUGGCACCACGAGAAACCUGCACGCCACCACUCCUCCUCUCAGUAAACUACCUUUACAAUUCUCCUUACUUGUGGACCCACCUGCUCCCUCAUGUCAGGAGGGACACUACUUGCCUCAGUUUGUGCACCCUACACCUGGAAAUGGAGCACGCAUCCAAGCAGAAAUCAACAAAGAAGUGGAGAUCAGAGUCAAAGCACAAGCUGCAUACGCAACAAUACAUGAUAUCAUCAUCAGUGGGCCACUGAAUAUCAGCAAGCACAGGACCGCAAAUGACGAGUUUGCCAUUAAGUGGUCGCCUAACCUGGAUGACCUGGGAGAUCAUUACCCAGUCUGCUUUGCUGUUGAAUCAGUGACCGGACCCGCUGGAACCCCUCUUCCAGGCACAACCCUCAGUCACCAUUACCACCCCUCCCCAUCCUCACAGUCUGGUGUCUAUCAGUCCGAGAUGAGAUGUGUUCUGGUUGACAUCCGGAAGGAGCAAGUUAAAUCCCAUGUGAUCUGCGGCGAGUCCACAAUGACAGUAGAGGUUGAGAAAUCUUCGUUCCGUGGACUCAGUGAGGAACAUUUGCGGCUCAGUGACCCCAGCAACACCGCCUGCAGCCUCCAGAGCUCCUCCAACAGCACUCACAUCAUCGCCGUCAUCCCCCUCAACGCUUGUGGCACUCAGAUCGAGGAAGAUGAGGAAAACCUGAUCUUCAAGAAUGAAAUCACCACGGUUGACAGCACAGAGUACCUGAUCACCAGGAAGCACCAGCUGGAGGUGCAGUUCUACUGCCAGUACCCCAAACGUGGGAACGUGACGCUGGGCUUCACGGCGCACAGGAGGAACGUCACAGUGUGGGAGAAAGGCUUCGGCACGUUCACCUACCAGUUUGAGUUCUAUCCCAAUGCCCAAUUCCAAACCCAGAUCGAUCCAAAUAAUUACCCUCUGGAGUACGACAUAGGGAGCCGGAUUUACAUGCAGAUAGAGGCCACCACUGCCGUCGAUGACACCGAGCUGUUUGUGGAGUCCUGCAGAGCGGCACCAUAUGACAACCCAAACUACUGGCCAACCUACCCCAUCAUUGAUAAUGGGUGUAAUGUGGACCCGACUGUUGAAAUCCAUUCCCCUGCCCACCAGAGACAAUUCCAGUUCAGCAUGGAGGCCUUCAAGUUCAUCGGCUUGCACGACCAGGUGUACAUCAGCUGUUCAGUGCUGAUAUGUGAGGCAGGGAGCCCCGGCACCAGGUGCUCACAGGGAUGCCUCAACUCCACAUCAGCCGUUCACCAACAUCACCGCCGAAGGAGAGAGGCUGCCACUCAGUCUGUGAGGCACUUUAUUUCCCAGGGUCCUCUGCGCUUAAGGAGAGCCGCAGAAAGCUCCGGAAGCCCAGUGAUCAACCUGAAUCUGAACCUGGUUUUCAUCGCUGGAUGUCUCCUUGCAGCCGUUGGCAUGAUCACUGCCGCGGUCAUCUACAAAGCCAAAAUAUCAAGGGUCAAAUAUCAACCUUUGCCCGCAUUUGAAAGUUAAGACAGAAUACCAGUUCUGUAUUAAUUACAUUUGACUAUACAUAAGCCAUUUUUCUUUGUUAUCAAAUAUUGAGGAUUCAUGUAUCUAAUUAUUCACCCAUUUAAAUGAAUAACGUUUAUAUUGACACCUUUUAGAAAUGUCUACAGCUACGUAAGAGGAAAUUCUUCAGCGAGGAAAAAUGUGUGGGAAAAGGAAACUAGAACGGAAGUUUUAUAAUAACCAAACUGAAAGGUAGAUCACUGCUGCUGUUGGUCUCUUGUGGUGUUUUCCGUGACUCUGUAUGACCGUGGGAGCCCAUAUAGCUUUAAAAAUGCUUCCUCUGUUAUGUAUUAUGAUUGUAAACAAGUAUCUUGAUUGAUAUAUGCUCUUCUAUCUAACCAUUAUUGUUCCAAUAGUCAAAUGUCAUCAUUACAUGACAAAAGCUCUUGACAGCUUGAACAAAGUCAGUUAUCAUGCAAUCGCUUAAUGGAUCAAUAAAAACAUAUAUUCUUAUACAUAUA